AUGUGUUUGUCGGUGGGAAAUAAAUACUUUCUCGGUGGACUGAGUUUCGCGUUUAAAAGACAUUUAUUCUGUGGUAAGCGUGGAUGGGAUCUAGUUCAAGUAAUUCCGCCGGUGCGCACAAAAACUCAACGCAGAACAUUGCAUGUUAAUCGAAACUGCGUGAAACGCAUAUUCUCGGAAUAUGAUGAGUUCAAGGCAGUGGAAGAAUUAGAAAUCGGCGAUUUGGAUGAAUCGAAUCAGGUGCGGUUUUCACUUUUUACCAACCGCAACGAUUCCUUACUGACUGCGAUAAGCGAAUGCGCGUCGGUCGAAAACGUGCUUUCUUUCAUUGCGAUCCACGGCGACAAGCUAACCGACAAACACGUCACCCGUAUCGUGCUCGUAUUAUACGAUUUGCAGACUUUAUUUUGUCAAGUCUGCGAUCAUGGUAACGAAAGUGGAAGAAUUCACUUCUUGCGGAUAUUGCGCGAAAAAGAUGAGUUCGCAAAGCUAUUAGGGGUGUUAAAAAAACUGCUGCCGAAUUAUGACUCUGCGCUUUUGGGCCCUACCUUCGUAUUUCUAAGCAAAAUGGGGCUUCGCGUGUGGGACGACGUUAUGGAUGGUGUCAGCGAGGAGAUUAGACAACGCGCGGAGCGCGAAUUUUCCCUAGAGCUGACGGAAAACCUGUUUAAAGUUGUUUUUCUCGAAUCCAAUGAGAGACCUUUCUACAUCACCCGUAAUCUCAUCCCAAAAGUGAUAAAUGCAAUUGGAAGUUGCGAGAGUCUCGGCGAUCUGAAAAGUGUGGCAGUUUGUUUAAACAAAAUUAGCUAUUGCGUGGGAGAACGAGACUUGCAAAUAUUUAAAGACAAGGUUGAAUGUUUUGUUGGACAGAAUAAUAUUUCAAACACAGAUUGCGAAGCGCUCCUAAAAAUUGUACUUUUUCUAAAUUACCCUCGAUGGCGGCACAAAAACCUGCCCCUACUUGCCAAAUGUGUGCUGCUAAUGAAACCACAUUUGAAUUCACUGAAGGCUAAAGAAGUGGUAAUUCUGUACACUGUAUUCUUCAAAAACCAAGAACCGAAUGAACUGCUAAAUGACCUUCAGAGAUGUGCGGCUCGGCGAAUGCAGGAGCUGGAUGAGUCACCCUAUCAUCACACGAGCGUGAGACUGGCGCUAUUUUCAUCGCUAAUAUAUUUUUGCUCACCCCUUCACAGACACCAGUUUAAAAAAGACGUUAGCAAGUACCUGGCCGUGUGCCGCGACUACUUCAACCUCGAACGGCUCAAGAAAAUAUUCCUGUAUUUGAAAAUCUCAGAUCGACAGUUAUGCCAACAGUAUUGGGACAAAAUGCUACAUUUGGUAAUCUCUGAUAAUGAUCCAGACACUUUGAUAAACGCGGCAGAAAGCUACAUGACAUUUAAUACAGACGUUAGCAGUUAUCGUCACUAUGACUUUGAACAUCAUGUGAUUAAACACAUAAAAGACGCGGUGAAAAGCGACACAAUCACUUUGUAUCCCCGAAAGUUUUUUUCCUUGUAUGGCUUCGCGCUGGCGAACGUCAGGCAUCACAGUUUGAUGGAUGAACUGGCGCAUAGGUUUGACGACAUCAAAGCUCAAUUGUCGCCCGUCGACUGCUUCAAGGUUUCCCAAAGUAUCGCUUUGAUAGACCGUGACCCGAGCCCUAAAACGAACCGCCAUUUCUUGAACUUUACUUGCGGUGCGCUCGACGACGCCACCGUUAGACAUUGCAAACUCGACGACUUCCACGGCAAUCACUUCCUCAUCAAGGCGUGCAUCUUGCGCGGCAGCACACGCACCGAAGUUUUUGAAGACAUGGUACUCCAGUACAAACAACUGCCGUACGUUUCGUCGAAGAUCAUCGAAAACUUGUAUCACACAUUCAUUUCCACGGGUAUUCUUAUUCCCGAAGUCGUAAACAUGCUGACCGAAUACGUCGUGCACCACAAAAGCAGCGUUCUGGGUUUCAACGCUGAGAAAGUCUUGUGGCUUUCGUACUUUUUGGGUUAUCAUCCCGUCUACCCGGACGACUUCUUCGACACGGUCACGGAUAUUAUAUUAAGAGACCACGAACGUUCGAGCGGCUUGGCUCUUCUGCAAAGCACUCUUGCGCUAUGCUUCUAUAACCGAGUGUCUCGAGCUUUGGUGCAACAGAUAUUUAACGUAGAAUUUUUGGAUAAACUCGACGUGGAGCUGGCCAAUUGCUACUCGAGGGAUAGGUAUCCGCACAGGGUUAGGGAUAUCUUGAUGCAAUUGAACCGGUCGAUUUGUUUGGAGUACCCGGAGUAUAACGUGCCGUGGUUUCAUCAAAAAUAUAUUGAGGAGCACCAAAAAACGAACGUAAUGGACGACGUCAAAGAUCGCUUUCACAUGAACGUUAGGGAUUACAUCGUCGGUGUCUUUGGUCAAAAUUGUAUGCUGGAAAACGUCGUCACCCCUUACGGCUAUAACGUCAAUUUCGUCGUUCAUCUUACCGGGGCGCAGGAGACUACUUCUAAUUUUGAUGACGUCGCCACGGUGAAAUUGGGGAUUUUGUUGGUAAAUGACAGUUACUACACAAGGUUUUACACCCACCUGAAAGGCAGGUACCAAAUGAUGAUCCGGCAUCUGGAGAUAUUGGGUUAUAAAGUGAAAGUGGUGAGGUACAAUGAGUGGAUAAAUUUGCUCUACGCGAGCGAGCGGAUAGAGUUUGUUACGAACGUUGUGCGCCAAUAA